AUGAAAGAUACCUAUUCAUUUUUGAAUGGGAAGAGCAAGUUACAAGAUACACAAAAUCAUGUAUUGCAUCUUCCUAGUUUCACAAAGAAACAUGGUUCCGACACAAGUGAUAGGAAGCGGAAGCGGAAUCUUUUUCCGAUGCAGCAUGCGCUUAAUUAUGAUGACCGUGAAUCUGAUGAUUCAGACGAGGAAGACUCAAGUAGAUCUGCUACUCCUGUUCCAGCAACAAAGAGGGAAGCCGAUAGGUUUAAUGAUGAAGAAAAUGUGAGUUACAAGCGUUCAAAGCUUAGAGAAAGCUUUUUGUACAAUGAAUAUUCCGAUGAAGAAAUGCUGGAGGACGGACAAGAAGAACCAGAGGAGGGCAAGGUGGCUGAAGAUAAUGUUGCUGAGCCCAAGAGCGAGCUUGACAUGAUGUACGAACCUAUUGCAAACGAGCUUCCGCAAACUGUGUUCGAAGAAAUUGAGCCUCAGGCUGGCCGUGUCUAUGACUUACAGAGAUUGCAGGAAGUUCUCAGGGACGAUGAGGACCUCCAGUUUGCUCGCGAGAUCUUGUCCUCAGUGGAACCUGCAACUGUUAAACAUCCUGAAUAUUGGGCCUGGAAGCAAAGGCAAAUGGUUUUACAAUCUCGCUCAUCCGAGGUGGAUAAUGAAGAAGAAGCCAUGGGUUUGUUGAGUGAACACUUGGAAUGUGCUAGCGGAUCCUUUAAGAGUCAGGGCUUCAGGAAAAUCGCUGAUGCUGACAAGAUUGAAUACUUACCUCACCGACGCAAGAUUCACAAACCACUAGAAACCGUCCAACAUGAUUCCAAGGAAACCAAUAGCGCUAAUGGAGUCGGAUCCGCGGGCGGUAAUAGCUUGCAAAGUUCUCGUGUCAACAGAGCUAAUAAUAGACGGUUUGCCGCAGAUAUCAGUGCCCAAAAGCAAAUUUUGAGUACGGAAUCUGAUAUUUUGAAUCUCAAUGCUUUAACAAAACGAAAGAAGCCAGUUUCAUACGCGCGUUCUGCUAUUCAUAACUGGGGACUUUAUGCAUUGGAACCAAUUGCGGCAAAGGAAAUGAUUAUCGAGUAUGUGGGAGAAAGCAUCCGUCAGCAAGUGGCUGAGCACAGAGAAAAGAGUUAUUUGCGCACGGGCAUUGGGUCGUCGUAUCUCUUCCGUAUUGAUGAAAAUACAGUGAUUGAUGCUACAAAGAAGGGAGGGAUUGCUAGAUUUAUUAACCAUUGUUGCAAUCCAAGUUGUACAGCUAAAAUCAUCAAGGUGGAUGGUAAGAAGAGAAUCGUCAUAUAUGCAUUGCGUGACAUUGAAGCGAAUGAAGAACUUACUUACGAUUAUAAGUUUGAAAGAGAAACGAACGAUGCUGAGAGAAUUCGCUGUCUCUGUGGAGCACCGGGAUGUAAAGGCUAUUUGAAUUAG